GUGUGUGUGUGUGCACUGGGAACUGAACCCUGGUCCUCUGGAAGAGCAGUCUCUCCAAUGACAAGUUUUUUCUGUGACCUAUGGUCUUCUUGAAUUGCUUGCAUCUGCUCAACACCUGCUUAGUUCAAAUGUCUUCUAACCUGUGAUUGGUCUAAUGUAGGUCCUGUUACUUUUAGCCUUAUCACCCUUUCCUAUUAAAGUAUAAAGCAGAUUUUCAUGACUUUUAUAAAGACUUCCAAUUUUCUACUUUUUAAAAUGUUAUUUAUUUUAUGUGCAGUGGUGUUUUGCCUGUGUGUGUGUCUGUGUACCACAUGCUUCCUGGUGCCUGUGGAGGCCAGAAGAGGGCCUUGGAUUCAUCUGGCACUGGAGUUACAAUCUGUUGUCACCUCGUGGGUGCAGGGAAUACAAGCCUGGUCCAGGGUGGAACAGCCAGAGUUUCUGACUGCUGGUGUCUCUCCACCCACAAAUUCCGAUUCUAAUGUAUUAGGGUCAGGUAUAAUGAAUUAGGUACUCCACCUAUGGUUACAAGAAAUCUGUAACAUGAUCUCUCAACCUCAGCACUAUUGUUAAUAUGUUUUUUAUAUUAAUUAAUUAAUUAAUUAAUUUUCAAGUCAGGGUCUCAUGUAGCCCAGGUCAACCUCAAACUCCAUAUGUAGGUGAGGAUGAUCUUGAACUCAUAGUCUUCCUAAUUUGGUUUUCUGAGAAAAGGCUUCUCUGUGUAGCACUUGCUGUCCUGGAACUCACUCUCUAGACCAGGCUGGUCUUGAACUCAGGGAUCCCCCUGCCUCUGCCUCCUGAGUGCUGGCAUUAAAGGCAUAUGCCAUCACUGCCCAACUCCUAUAGGUCAACCUUAUAUAAGACAUUUUCUCAAUUGAGAGUCCCUUUUCUCAAUGACUCUAGCUUGUGUCAAGCUGACACAAAACUAUCCAACACAGGUAGGUUUUGUUUUGAGACAAGGUUUCCCUGUAUAAUCCUAGUCUGACCUUACAUUUGUAAUUCUGCCUGAGCCUCUGGAGUGCUGGUAUGUCUACCAGGCCUAACUGUAAAGGACAUUAGACUAUAUGAACCAGGACCAAGGAGAGAUCAUAUAGGAUGAAGGCUUUUGUAGUGAUGCAGAUGAACUAGAAGAGUAAUUUGGAGCAAAGCAGGAGGAUAUGGUGAGUGGCUGGGUUCUGGGUGAUCUAUUGAUAGAGUGUCAAGUGUGUCUAAACUGUAGUCCAGGGCCAUAUGCAAACCAGCUAUGAAUGUGACUUAACAUAAUUAACUUGCUUAAAACAUUAUGGAUUUGUUUUUUUUUUUGAAACUUGAUUGCAUGGUUCUUGAGUAUGACCUUCUAUUGAUGCAGCAUCAGUCAUAAUGUCAAAGAGAUGGACCUGUGUGCAUGAUCUUCUUAUUUGUUUACUGUUUCUUUUGAGUGUAUCUGACCUAGACAUUUGCCUGGAGACCCAGCAGGCCUCUCUAUAAGAAAGAAGAAUUUGGUUCAAGAUUUGAUCCAGAUGGAACAGAUUAAACGGGCCAAUAAACUGUUUACCAAUGACUGUAUAUUUCUGAAGAAGACUCUGAGCAUCCCAAUUCUAUCAGAGAAGCCUUUGCUCUUUAAUGGACUUAACUCCAUUGAUUCUCCAGAAAAGGAAACUGUUGAUAGCAAUUUUUGUCAUGAAGAGGAGUCUGUGGUGGCUGGGGAAGAACUGCCCCCUCCCAGUCCUCAGGAUCCAGAUCCCGAGCCUGCACAGCCUGAGGAAGUGUCUGCCAGAGAUUUCCUUCAGAGACUUGAUUUGCAGAUUAAGCUAUCAACACAGGCAGCCAGAAAACUCAAAGAAGAGAGCAGGGAUGAAGAAAGCCCCUAUGCCGCUUCGCUCUAUCACAGUUAGUGACUGGCAGACAUCACUCUAACCAGAUCACAACAUGGCUGGACCCUAAAGAAUCCACCGGCUGGGGUUUCAGAGGCAAUGCCGCCUCUGGGCUCCCGUAGCGCGCACCUUCAAGCCACAGUUAAGUAGAGCAACCGCAGCUGCGCUGAAGUGAGCAAUCCCUCUGGCUUCCUGUAGUUAAGUCUUAUUAUGGCAUGAUAGCAAAACUGUAUUCUAAAGCCUAUCACUUUGGUAGAUGGUGGUAGUUUUAGACUGGCUUUUGUAGCUACAAAGAGCAUCAGAGACUAUUUAUAUAUUUAAGCCAAAAGCAAUGUUUAUUUCCUGAUGAGAUCCUAAAUGUAUGGAAAACCUGGUGGCUGUAAAGUGCUAAUGCAUUUGCUGUGUGUUUAUAACUCAAGUGCUAUAGUAUAUAUUUCAAUAUCACAUAUUCUGUACUACUGUAAAGAACCAAAUUUUGUCUGCUAUUUUGUAAAAGUAAAAUACAAAUGUCUGGGUGAGAAAAUAAACUAUGUUUUCACAUAGGA